UCGUGGGAGCAUGUAUGCCAUGUAAUUUCGGAAGAUCUGGACGUGCAGCAAAACAAGGUUGAUAGUCGUUCCAUCGGUCGAUGCCUUGGUUACAACCAUUGCGGCGCUUAUCUUCCCGAAUAACGCCCGCCGAAAAAGACCAGAAAGAAUAAGAUCAAAACCAGCAAAACGGUCUUGGUGUUGCUAAGAUGUCGCGGGGAAAAAGUAAAUCCCCCGGUUGGGCCGCCUUUGACCUCAAGCACCGACAAAAACAAACACUUGAGCCUCAUAUUCCGGAGGAGGAUCCAUUCCCACCCAUAGGAAGCUCUCUUACCACUCCUGAUCCGACAAAUAUUAUGCAAUUCUCGUCACUACUCAUUCCUUCUCCAGAUAAUGGGAACCGCAAAAAAACAGCUACAACAGUCGGUGAUUCUAGCAAUAAUUUCGUCCAGCAAGAUGACCGUGUUUUAGCCGUCCAGAAGCUCAAAGAGCUCCACCAGUGGGCUGACAAUAGUUUGGUUGAGGAUGUCUUGGCAGCUGCGGAUGAUAACGUGGAUAGUGCCUCCACUUUUUUGAAAGCAAUGUUUCCCAUUAACGAAACCCUUGAGGAUGAGCCAACCGUAGUUGCGGAAACAAAUUAUACCUCUAACGAAUUAUGUGGCGCGAAGAGAGAUCAAAAUGAUUCUUUGGGAAACACCACGAGCCUCGCCGACCGGAGCUCUACGCUUGAGGACUCUCUUCAGUACAACAGCCACGAAUCGGAAGAUCAAAACUUUUCUUUUGGAGAAAAGCUAUCUGAUGACACUAAACUGAUUUUGGAGCGUCUGAAGUCUGUACCUGUUGAACCCGAGUGGGAAAAAGACGAUAUCUACUUGAUCCACAGAAAAGAUGCAUUGAAGAUGAUAAGAUCAGCAUCCCAGCACUCGAGGGCAAGCACAAAUGCCUUUCUAAGAGGUGAUCAUCUUUCGGCCCAACACCACUCUAUGAAGGCUCAUGAAGAAUGGUUGGCUGCUGAAAGGCUCAAUGCUAAGGCAGCCAAGGAAAUUUUUAGCAUCAGGAAUAGCAAGAAAAAUAUAUGGAAAUUGGACCUGCACGGUCUUCAUGCAUCAGAAGCAAUUCGAGCCUUGCAAGAGCGUCUUCAGCAGAUUGAAACCCAAGCGCAGCCAAAUCAUUCAGUAUCUCCAAACAGGGUCGAUAUGGAGAGUGGAAUUGUAUGUUCCUCAUCACAUGAGUCAUUUAACUGCCUGGACACAGAAGAUUUAGAUAUACGGCAGGUGUUAUCAAGGCAGAGGCCGGCAUCAUUACAAGUCAUAACAGGUAUAGGAAAUCAUAGCAAAGGACAUGCUGCAAUUCCAACAGCCGUGAGAAGCUACCUUAAUGAAAACAGAUAUCAUUUUGACGAGUUGAGGCCUGGGGUGGUAACAGUUCGGACUAAGUUCCGUCAGCGGUGAUUGGUGAAGUAACCAACUCUGCCAAUGUGGAGUUGUGCACUUGAAUCUUUAAGUGCAAUGCAGUUCAUUCUUGUAAGGACUUGCCUCCCGAGAAGAAGCUCAGCUGUUAAUAACCUGUUUAGAAUAGAGCCGUGUAUAUUUAUUAGUGAUAGGAAGCUAGUUGUGUGUUAUUAACUAGGUUUGUAUUACUAAUCUAAAUUAUGCAUUCUCUUAGUACAAGAGUCCCAUUUACAAGUCUACUAUGUAUUUUGUAGAACCCUCAACCUUAUUUUGUACAAGAGUCCAAUUUACAACUGCCUCUCCUUUCUUUCCACU